AGGUAUCAGCGUGGCGCGGCGUGGUGCGGCACGGUGCGGUGAAUGCGAUUCUAACGUCUUCUUUCGCGUUUGAUGAUUUCGCGCGAGACUCACGCAUUCCUGGGAUAUGGCGAUCACGUGCGAGCUUCGUCGAUGCUUUUUUUGCGGUUGUUUGCCUUUUCAUCCUCCUUAGUGUCUGUGCCCUAAGUCGCACGUGAGUGAUAGACUACCAGCGUGCAUUCAAACAUUGGUUACUGGUACUGCGCGUUACAUCAGUACGUGAGCUUAACAGAACAACGGCUCAUGACAUACAAGGCUUCUUCAUGGCAUUGUCGCAACAGAGCGACAUUUCUCGACACGAAUUUGAGAUAUGAGAAUCGCCACACGUAUUAAUUAGCAGAACUUACAUUUACUCAGAUAUGGAAAAAAGGAUGCGUUUGUCCCAUUCCUGCACAAGGAAUGGAAGUCCUUUGGAAAUGCGUGGGAGGGUCCACCAACAAAAUUAUGGAUCGAGGCUACGCGAGGGUUCACGACUGCGCAUGACUAUUCGCCGUUAUUACCCUAGUCAUACACACGUACAUGCCGAACGCACGAGCCCUUUCCUGCUGGAGAACCUCUUCUUUGAGAUCCCUUGUUCUUGGAGGCGUUACGAGGCACUGUGGUACGUGCCAGCAUAGGGCAAAAUUUGGAGAUUAAUAAGUAAUACAGAUUAAUAAGUAAUACUCGAUAAAAGAGAGUAUGGGUGAAAAGACGUUCAACCUUACAUGGAACAAUCAUCUGGCGAAUCUGUCGGGUUUAUUCGAAGCUCUUUACAAAAGUGGUUCCUUGACGGACGCGACUUUGGCUUGCCAGGGUGGUAUGUUAAGAGCCCAUAGAUUGGUGCUAGCAGCGUGCAGCCCUUAUUUCGAAAGGGUUUUUAAGGAACAUUACGGAGAGCAACCCAUUCUCAUUUUAAAAGGUGUCGCUGUUGAAGAAAUGGAAUGCCUUUUGGAUUUCAUGUACAAAGGAUCCAUUGAUGUAGCAGAGGAGCAUCUUCCUUCGCUGAUAAAAACUGCCACCGAUUUGGAGAUACGUGGUCUCUCUGGGGAAUCGAAAAACCAAGAGAGUAACUGCAAUCUCUAUACCAGGGUUGAGACGCGAAUGCAACGAUGCCAUAUUGAAACUAGAGUGCAUACUACUGAAUACAUCAAAGAACCAUCAGUAAUUCCUUUUCUACCAAAACACUCGACCGUCGAUGCGAUGGAGGAUCACAUUAAAGUGGAGGACAUCGAAGUGGAAGAUGAUCCGAUGGUGAUCGACGGGCAUGAGGAUAGCUUCGACGAGUUUCCGCGAUCCACGGAAACGCAAAUUUUGCUAUCAUGUUGCUGUCAUCAGGGCAUUAGUAAUUUCGUUUAGGGCAAUCUAGAGGCAUUAUACGGACAACGGUAAACGAGUGGAAAUGCUAUAGCUAACUUAUUGCCAUAAAUCUUACAGUCUAUUGGAAAUUUUCGUAAAAUAUUUAGUCCAAAUUUCUGUCAACUGAAUGGAAAUGGAACGUUAUCAAGCAGUAGGUAUGAGCUACCACCAGAGGGAUACGUCGAGUUAAAUUUCUCGAUUUUAAAA